AUGUUGGAAAUUUCGCCAACUAUUACGGCUGCUCAGUGCCCAAUAGCCAGUGUGGGGCCGCUGAAUGCUUUGGUUUCCCUCUUGGUUCAAGGCAUUCUCGCUGCCCAAUGUGAUAUCUCACGUAAGGAUGAGUGGCCAGAGGAUUAUGCUGAACAGGCUUUGCUGAGAGCAGAGGAGACCUUUGAUUUUGUGGUCAUAGGUUCGGGGUCAGCUGGUUCGGUGGUGGCCAGCCGUUUGAGUGAGAAUUCUCAAUGGAAUGUCUUGGUUCUAGAAGCCGGUGGAGAUCCUCCCCCGGAAUCGGAGAUACCCCUGUUGUUGUUUUCCUUGCAAAAUACCACUGCCAGCUAUGACUAUUUCACCGAACCUAAUGGGCGCUCUUGCAAGGCUUGGCAAGAAGAGCGCUGCCAUUGGCCCCGUGGUAAGUUGAUUGGUGGUUCGGGUGCCAUAAAUGCCAUGCUGCAUAUUGCUGGCAAUCGUCUGGACUAUGAUCGUUGGUGUGGUGAUGGCAAUGAAGGUUGGUGCUAUGAUCAAAUGUGGCCUUAUUUCCAAAAGUCUUUGCAUUCCCAAGGCAAUGCCUCACAUCCCCAGGGCCAUAUGAAAAUCAAUGAAUUUGCCAAUUUUGAUAAGGAAUUACUGGAGUUGUUAUAUCAAGCAUAUGAGGAGGUGGGAACUACCCGAGUAGAGGGUUUUCAGGAAGGCAGUUACAUAGGAUAUGGUCAUGCCAAAUCUAUAAUUGACAAAGGGAAAAGAAGAAGCAGUGCCAAGGCUUAUUUAUCUAGUCAAGUGGCCAAAAGACCAAACUUGAAAAUCAUUAAAAACGCUCAAGUCACCAAGAUGAGUUUUAACGAAAACGGCAACAAAGUGGAAGCCGUAGAAUUUCUUAUACAAGGAAAACAUGCCUUGAAAGUCAAUGUAGCCAAAGAGGCCAUACUUUCAGCAGGAGCCGUAGAUUCACCCAAAAUUUUGCAGCUUUCAGGUGUGGGACCUCGAAAACUUUUACAAACUUUGAGUAUACCCCUACGUCAUGAUUUGCCGGUGGGAGAAAAUCUCCAAGAUCAUUUGGUGGUCUAUGUAGCCAUGCGCAUGCCAGCCCAAACUCUCGAUCCCAAAGCAGCUCUUGAUGAUAUCUAUCAAUAUGUUAUGCAUCAGCAAGGACCCCUCAGCUCCAUAGGCACUACAUCUUUGGUCUCCUUCAUACAAACCAAUCAUACUGCAAAUCAACUUUAUCCCAAUCUUCAAAUUCAUAAUGUUUUUCUUAGGAGAGGCAAUCUGAUGGGCACCGACAUGCUAUUGAGAAGUUACAAUAUCAAGGACGAAUAUCACAAAUUCCUUGUUCAACAAGUUGUAGAUUUUGAUGUUGUCUUAUUUGCCAUUACGAUUUUACAGCCUCAGAGCAAGGGAAGUGUAAAAAUUAGCACUUCUUCAUUUGCCGAUCCCCCCAUUAUAGAUGCUGCCUAUUUAGAGCACUCUCAGGAUGUAGAAGUGGCCAUGCAAGGCAUUGAGUAUAUAAGACGUUUAAUAGAAACCUCUGCCUUGAAAGAAAAACAGGCAGAAAUCCUACACAUUCCCAUAGAGGAGUGUGACAGCAAACCCUUUAAAUCUCUGGAAUAUUGGCAUUGCUAUAUGCAAUACUUCAGCAAUACUGUCUAUCAUCCAGUGGGUACUGUGAAAAUGGGUCCUACCUCCGAUCAAACAACCUGCGUUGAUCCCCAACUGAAGCUUAAGGGUGUAGACAACCUAAGAGUGGUGGAUGCAUCCAUAAUGCCCCACAUUGUCAGCAGCAAUACCAAUGCGCCCACCAUUAUGAUUGCUGAAAAGGCUGCAGAUAUGAUUAAAGCACAUUGGAAUCAAAAGGCCAAGGAAGCCAAAGACCAAGCAACUAGAGAGGAAUUGUAAA